AUGGAGAACUUUCUGGAAGCAGUAGCAAUAUCAAAGAAAGACAGCUUGUUUCCCGGUCCAAACUCCAUCCACAAAUCACCUUCGGCCAGAGGAAGAAGCCCGCUGUCGCCACAGUCACUUCGGAAAGGAGAGACCAAUGAUAUGACGGACCAGGACGAUAUAAAGGCGUCGGAGCAAAGAGCCACAGCUGGACAGAUGCCUGCUGAUCAUGGCCGCCAGGCAAAAAGGAGGAAAGUCUUUCAUGAAUGCGUAGUGCCACUGAACAUCACUUGCCAUCAGAAAGCCAUGUUGCCGCUCCGAGACAGAAGGCUUCUGCGAAAAUACUAUCAAAAAGCGUUCGAAAGCCUGCAGCAAAUCAACUGUCGGACUAUCGCUAAAGCAUAUGUCAAACUUGUCGAGCCCCGAAAGCAAGUCAAUUAUCCUUAUAACGGGCGGAAGCUUAUCGCUGGUAUCUCUCAACAGCUCGACCCAGAGAUGACAAAGCCAGCCUGGUGGCCACAUGGUGUCACACAUAAAGAGCCCGACCAUCUUCCCAAAGCGGAGAGAGUUCGAUUGCUUGUACACAUUCUCUGUGAGCUCCGCGACAGCCGUGGCAUCACUGUCGCGAAGCUUAGAGAGGCCGAUCAAUCCAUCCGCCGUCAGAUUUCACCACCGGACCGUCUGGGGGUCCUGGACGAGAUCUAUCGCGUCCGAGAAGAAGAGGAGAGUUACCUGGACGACCAUCUCGACGAACAAGCAGUUGUGUAUAUCUCUCGAGCACAUUUGCCGGAUGAGAUAGACCUGAAGGAUGCUGGUUCUCCCAUGGCAGAAGUGAUGAACGCAGACGUGAACCGAGUCUACAAGAGAGAGGGUUAUGACAUGGAAUCCCCCACAUCAGUCUUCCCGUCAACAGGAGCCUUUCUCAUCAGUCAUACUGAUACAGCGAGCGGGAAGGGCGAUCAUGGGAUCAUGGACACCAACCCGGAUUCCUGCCCCUCCGCAGUAUUACCGACUCCGAUACUGAAGGAGGGCCACGAAGGGGAACAUCCGUUCUCUGUAAGCAUUCCAUCGACCUUCCACAAUGCCCCUCCACUUGUUCCCUUGAACUUUCACGCCUUUCCUCUGCGGUUUUAUCAUGAGCCGAAUGUCAGUCAUGGGCAGCAAGAUCAGCAUAGGCCUGACAUGGGCGUCGCUGGCAAUGGUAUGGAGAGUUGUCCAACCCCGUACUACUUUAACUUUUGA